UCAGUCACACCCUGGGACGUCGCCACAGCGGACACUCAGGCUCCAACAGCAGACACACACACACACUCUGCAGACCUUGCUAGACACCUGACAAAGGGACUGACGCUCAUAGGUGGACGAGUACCUGUGCUCCGUGCGGUCAGAACUUUUCUAGAGGCACAAGGUUCCGUCUUCAGAAUGGCUAAGUGCCGUACCAACUGCAUAGAGAAGCCAGUGUGCAUCUGCUUUGAGAUCAUCGGCCUCUUCAUCGGCUCCCACCCCUGGUGGUUCGUCACGGCUCCCCUGAUCAUCUCCGCAGCUCUGGGAAGCGGAUUCUACUUCCUGGAAGACUACAAGUCCAGCGACAUCAAGGACCAGUUCACCCCCAUGGACGGACCAGCCAAGGCGGAGAGGCACUACGUCCAGGAGACCUUCCCCGAGCGCAAGGGCAUGUUCUCCAGCCUCAGACUGAGCACCGACGGGGUCUACGCCGUCUGGAUGACCUCCAACGACACCAACGUGUGGACGGAGGAGAUCAUGCGGGAGGUUCUGGACCUGGACAGCAGGGUGAGGAACAUGGCUGUGCCCUGGGAGGAGGCGGGGGAACACUUUAAGUAUUUGGACGUUUGUGCGACAGUCGACGGAAACUGCACCUCAAACGGCAUAUUGGAGAUCCUCAGCAACAAUCCCAGCAACGUGAAUCAGAUUAAUCUGACGUUUCCUACCUUUUUUUCGGAGGCCGGUCAAUUUAACCUGCAUCAGUCUCUAGGCAAUGUGACACUGGAUAACAACUUGGUCCGAAGCGCCAAGGCCGUACAGUUGUACUACUAUUUACGAGAAGACAAUGAAACAAAAAACACAAAACAAGAACUUUGGCUGAAGAAAUUCAUAGCUUUGCUCUCAAAUGAAUCCGCAACUUCCAAAAAGGUGUCUUACUCCACCUCCAAGUCAAUGCAGUGGGAGUUUGACAAAACUCCCAAAAGUAUCAUCAAACUCUUCGCCAUCACCUACACCAUCGCCAUCAUAUACGCCAUCAUAUCCUGCGUGAGGCUGGACCAGGUGAGGAGUAAGGUGUGGGUGGCGGUAGCAGGGGUCCUGUCCAGCGGCCUGGGGGUCCUGUCUGGCUUUGGCCUGGUGCUCCUGCUGGGCCAGAAAUUCGUGAUGACCGUGGCCUCCGCACCCUUCCUGGUCCUGGGUAUCGGCCUGGACGACAUGUUCAUCCUGCUCUCCGCCUGGCAGAAGACCAGCGUUCUGACCAGCGUGUCCGAGCGGCUGGCCGACACCUACAGAGAAGCCGCCGUCUCCAUCACCAUCACCACGGUGACGGACGCCUUGGCGCUCUUCCUGGGCUACAGCUCGUCCUUCGGGUCGGUCCAGUCCUUCUGCCUCUACGCCGGCUCCGCCAUCCUCUUCUGCUUCUUCUACAACGUCAGCUUCCUCGGCGGCAUCCUGGCGCUGAACGGCCGCAGGGAGGCCGGCAACCGCCACUGGUUCACCUGCGCUCAGAUCCCAAAGGACCUCCCCCCAGGAAAGCCGAUUGGCUACGGUGUCUGUUGCGUGGGAGGGGCCUACGACCUCGACACGGGGGCUGAGGUGGGUCAGCCGAUGGAUCAGUUCUUCAGGAAGUUCUACGGUCCGUUCCUGACCCAGGGGUGGGUGAAGCUGUGCGUGGGCGUCCUGUACGCCGGCUAUCUGGCCGUCAGCGUGUUCGGCUGCUGCAAGAUGAACGAGGGCAUCGACCUGAAGAACCUGGCCCCCUACGACUCCUACAUCAGCUGCUACUACAACGACCAUAAGGUACACUUCUCCUCGUACGGCCCUGUCGUCAUGGCGGCGGUGAAGGGGCCAUAUCCCUACUGGAGCGCGGCCGGAUGGGCCAACCUCAGCUCCUGCAUGGAGGCGUUCCAGGGCCUGGGGUACGUUGACGGAGCGAUCUCCUGGCUCCAGGACUUCCGGAAAUACGCCAAUGCGACCGGACAGGACAUCAGCACCGAGGCAGCCUUCCAGGGAAACCUGAGCGCUUUCCUCCAGCGCUACCCUGCCUUCAGCCAGGACGUCAACAUCACAGAGGACGAGCGGAUCAACGGCUCACGCUUCUUCCUCCCGACGCUGGAGGGGCUGGUGACCGAGGCGGCGCUGCUGACGGGCAUGCGGAGCACAGCCAAGCGCUGCAGGGCGGAGCGGGGGGUGGAUCUGCUGGUCUACCACCCUAGCUUCAUCUACCACGACCAGUACACCGUCAUCAGGGACAACACCAUUCAGACCCUGGGGCUCUCCACUGUCGCCAUGCUGGUGGUCUCCCUCAUACUGAUUCCCAACCUGCUGUGCUCGCUGUGGGUGGCUUUCUCCAUCGGCUCUGUGAUUGUGGGCGUGGCCGGGUUCAUGUCUCUGUGGAAAGUGAGCCUGGACUCCAUCUCCAUGAUCAACCUGGUCAUCUGCAUCGGCUUCGCCGUGGACUUUUCUGCCCACAUGGCCUACGCCUUCGUUUCCAGCUCCAAGAACGACGCCAACGAGAGGGCCACGGAGGCCCUGGCCAACCUGGGGUAUCCCAUCACGCAAGGCGCCCUGUCCACCAUCCUAGGAGUGGUUGUUCUGUCUGCGUCUGGCAGCUACAUCUUCUUGACCUUCUUCAAGAUCAUGUUCCUGGUCAUCUUGUUCGGGCUGCUCCACGGCCUCGUCUUCAUCCCCGUGUUUCUAACUGUGUUCGGAACGUGCCGGAACUGAUCGCCCGUCAGCCAAUCAAACGCCCGCUCAUCUUCCAACCGGUUUAUCAAGGAUGGAUGGACAGUGCAGGGCAUCUAAGAAUAUAAUGAG